UCAGGAUAGUAUUCGCGGCUUACAAGUGGUGAUGUCGGAUGCACGAUCAUUUAGCUGCAUAACCGGUGGUACGGAUCGGCGAAUUCGAUAUUGGGAUGGCGUGGCUCCAGAAAUGUCAUACAUGAUCUCAUCGGCAGCCGGUGAAACACUUCCUGAUCGGAAACUGUUCUGCAGAAAUUAUCAUGUGGAUGGGACAGAUAUCAUUCAUGAAUACCAGUCAUCUAUACGAUCAAUGUCCACUUCUGCGAGUAUCUCUGCUUCGAUGAUGAAGGAAGCGGAUACCACCUCACGUUCUCUUGUGGAUUCUCCGUUUACCGGUCAUUCCGACAUUAUCACAGAUUUGGUUAUUUGUUCAACUGCAAAUCAGCUGUUUAUUGUUUCUGGAUCUCGGGAUGGUAUUAUCAAAGUGUGGAAGUGAUUGUCUUUCAUUUUCAUAUGCUCUUGUUCUGGUGAUUGCUUGUUAGCAGCAAAAUUUAUGGCUUCUAAAUUUGAUUUUACAUAUUUCAACAAGUGUUUUCGAUAUAUGCGUAAUCAUACUGCAGCAAAUAAAGGA